CAACUCUAUUAUCAGCCCGCAGUUAUCGGGGAGUUAGAGAGCAGGAGCACAGGAGUUUGAACUCCGUGACUCUCCCUUGUAGCAGAAUGUUAGAGCAAUCUGGCUGUGCUUACACUGGGAGGGUUUUACGAGCUGCUUAAAUCGCAAAACCGAAAGUUAUUAAAAAGACAUGUAACUUGUGACUUCAAACUAAGGAAGUCGGUUGUUUUGGAAACCCCCACCGCCGUUAGGGAGUGGAGUACGAGCCUGCAGCCCGGCUGCCUCCGGAGAGCUGCAGCUGAACCGGAAAGCGCAGCCGUGGGGACGCUGGGACUUCCCUCUGCAGCUGCCCAGUUCCCCGAGCAGUUGCCCGGAGUCAUGACGCAGCUCCUCUCCGCUGCUCCAGCCCCGCUGCCCUGCGCCCUCGCCCUCCUGCUCCUCAGAACCGCGCUCUCCCUGCAACAUGUGCCCCUGCUGCUUUGGUCAACCCAGAGAUCACAAUGGAAUCCAGACACUGCUUUGCACGAAGGGCACAUUGUUUCAGCACAGGAGCUGACCGAGCUAUUGCAGCCUGCUUUUACCCAAAAUUCCAGAAACCUCAUCUUGUUCCUGCAAGAUACACUUAGCGUAGAUGAUUUCACUUACCUCACUGAAGCCUACGGUAACAAGAAUCCAUUUCAAAAUGUUCAGGAAAUUCUUCAGUCUUCUCCUUCAUCUUUAGUUUUGCCAGCUGUUGACUGCAAAGCUACCAGGCACCUUCUGAGCUUUCUUCAGGAGUCAGGAGACUGGAAGUUAACAAACAUAACUAAUCUCGAUGUCUCUCAGCUGGAAGUGAAUACAUCUAAACCAAACUUACUGGUGGUUCAGCUACAAUCACUUGUCAGUGGUUUAAAUGGGAUUUCCCCCCUGGAAGCUAUUGCUGAAAAUGACAAAAUAAUUGGAAGACUGACCAUGGAUCUGCAGGAACGAGGGAUUCAUUUUUCAGCAAUUUAUACUGCAGUGAGACCUUCAAGGAUUUCAAGAAGAACCGAUGUGAUGUGGGAAUUAAGGCGACAAUUAAUGGCCACUGAGGAAGAAGACAGUUUAUCAUACCCUCCUCUGAAUGUGACCACUGGAAAUGAAACAUGCAUCCUUUUUUAUGCUAGUAAUUUCAGCCUCAAAGCCAACAAUUCAGUUUCUAUAGAUUUGACGAAUGCAACAUUUGUAACCCGGAAUGCGGAUACUUCUUCCUCUGAGUGCUCAAGCAUCAACACAACACUGUCAUUAAAAUACACAGACCUGGUGAAUGGAAUCAGGAGCCUAGAGAUAAGGUUUUUAAUGUCCAACAAGUUCUAUGGAGCCUCGGCUAGAAAUUGGUCCACUUUAGAUUCGGUUGAGAUUGUACAAGAUGGAGAAAAGUUUGCUAAAUUUAAUGUUUCUGUCAUCUCUGCUCCUGCAGAGUAUUCAUUUCAUUGUCAGCUGGUGGGAACAAGCAAUGUCUAUCCUGCAAGGCUGAUUCCAUCCAACAAUGAGGCAAAAAACUGGGAUGUUUUCAUUUCCAGGUUGCAAAUUCAAGGCUUCAACAUUGAAAACAACCAGUUUUCCUAUGCAAGUGACUGCACAGGUUUCUUCAGUCCUGGAAUCUGGAUGGGCUUGGUGACAUCUAUAAUUUUACUGUGGAUCCUGACCUAUGGAAUCCAUAUGAUCAUGCAGCUCACAACAAACAGUAGAUUUGAUGAUCCCAAAGGUCCAGCUCUGUCAGUUCCUCAGACAGAAUAGCCAUGGACUGAUUUAAUGCUGCUCCAGCUUUUCCUGGUCUGAUAUUUAUGAUUUUUAUAACAUUUAACUUCAUAAUGUGUGUAACCUAAAAAGAUAUCAUAGCAGAAAGGUGUAACUAAAUUACAUAUAAAAAAGAUACCUAUUUUUGGCAACAAUAAUAAUUCUACAUGUUAUUACUAUCAUUUGUUAAUAGCUAUCUGUGUUAAGGGUGUGAGGUAGGGGUGUAGAGUUUAUUACUCUAUCUGGAUAUUAGAAAGACAGGUACAAACUGCCUCCAAAUUAACUAUUAUUGACAAAGAAAAGGAUAUCACAACAGAGAUACUUAACUACACAUUGAAACUACUGGUCUCUCUAAUGGCUCUUUAGUAUGUAUAUCAUGUUGAUGCUAUAUCUUAAGAAGGCUGAACUGUUUCUUUGCAUUUUUUCUCUUGAGAAAACCAUCCAGAAAAGUACAGAACUAAUAAAGUAUAAGUCCCUAAAUAAAUGUUCUUGAAAAGUCUUUUCAAAAUAUAUGGACAGCUGAUGGAGUUACUCAGCAAGAUAGGUCCUUGUCCAAACUGAAAACAAAAUUGGUUUUGGUGUCAUAGCAAUGAAUGUAACUUUUCAAACUCAUAACCUAAAAUCAGCAUCUUAACAGAGAUAAGGUAAUUUUCUUAGCACCCUUCCUUUUCCAGGUAUCUUUGGAAUAGUUAUGAAUUUUGUACAAAAA